AUGGCUAUUUGGUGUACUGCUCCUGAGAAGCUGUGGGGAAAUGGGACGUGGCUGGUGACAGAAUUUGUGCUGGUUGGAUUCUCCAACCUCCCACACCUGAGGACCACGCUCUUCACGUUGUUCCUCCUCACCUACCUGGUCACCCUCAGUGGCAACGUCACCAUCAUCACCAUCAUCCAUGUGGAUCGGACCCUGCACACGCCCAUGUACCGCUUCCUGGCAGUGCUGUCCCUCUCUGAGACCUGCUACACGCUGGUCACCAUCCCCAAUAUGCUGGCUCAUCUGCUGAUGGAGAGCCAGGCCAUCUCCAUCCCUGCAUGUCGGGCUCAGAUGUUCUUUUUCCUGGGCUUGGGAUGCAGUCACUGCUUCCUCCUUACCCUGAUGGGUUAUGACCGGUACGUGGCCAUCUGUCAUCCCCUGAGAUACUCGAUGAUCAUGAGACCCACUGUCUGCCUCUGCCUGGGAGCCUUGGUUUGCUGCUCUGGGUUCUCAGUGGCCUCGAUUGAGACCUGCAUGAUCUUCUCCUCUCCCUUCUGCCAUGGGGCCCGCGUGGAGCACUUCUUCUGUGACAUCGCCCCAGUGCUGAAGCUCAGCUGCACCCAGGGUGCACUCAAAGCACUGGGCAUCUUUUUCCUGAGUGUCCUUGUGGUGCUGAUUUCCUUCCUCCUCAUCCUGCUGUCCUACACCUUCAUUGUGGCUACCAUCGUGAAGAUGCCCUUGGCCACCGGCUGCCACAAAGCCUUUUCCAUCUAUGCGGCCCACCUCACCGUGGUCAUUGUGCAUUUUGGCUGCGCUGCCAUCAUCUACUUGCAUCCGGACUCUGGGGCCAGCCCCGAGUGGGACCACCUGGUGGCCAUGUUCUACACAGUGGUGACUCCACUGCUGAACCCUGUGGUGUACACGCUGCGCAACAAAGAGGUGAGGGUGGCCCUCAGGAGGAUCCUGGCCCAUGGCUGUGGAGGUUUGCAAUAA